CUGUCCAUAAAGGUGUCCAUAAAGGAAGGGCAUUUAAUUUGAGUUGAAAUAUUUGACCUAAAAGGGAAACAAGGCUGGUUUAAAUCAUGAACGUUUUUACUUGACCUCUGCGUGGACCUUUGUGACUCACUACAGCUCCAGUGAAGGGUGCCAUGUCAAAGGAAUCAUUUCCAUUCACUUCUACCUCACUGCGCUCUCUGAGACUGGAGCAGGAGAUUCAGGAGUGGGAGGAUGCUCGGAGAGCUUUGGCUCACAGGAGAGCCAUGACCAGGGCCCCGCUGCCCCGGGCCCCCAGGCCUCCUCCCAGGCAACAGCGGCUCCAAGAGGUCCGGGCCCCACCAGCUCAGGUCCGGUGCAGAGACACAGCCAUCCACAACACCUUCAUGUGUGGGGACAUGAAAGGAGUAUAUGCGGUGCUGAAGGAUCCUGGGAUGGUCAACGCCCUGAUGGAGACGGUGCAUGAGGAAAUGGUGUGGGCUCCAGAGAUGGGCAUGUGGACGCUGAGCUCCAAGGUGAAGCAGUCUUCAGCGUUACGUCUGGCUGCCAGCAGAGGACACGCAGGAUGUGUGGAGGAACUGCUGUUUCGAGGGGCCGAGGUGAACGCCGACCCUGGAGGAAAAACGGCCCUCCAUGAUGCUUGUAUGGGCAGUCAUGCUGUCUGUGUCCAGCUGCUGCUUUCUCAUGGAGCAGAUCCUGAUAUGCGGGCUGAAGAUGGCAGUGCUCCUCUUCACCUCUGCACCUCCGCCCAGUCAUUCCAGUGUGCUGAGCUGCUAAUAGAAGGAGGUGCAGAUGUCAGUGUGAGGAUGAAGGAGUCAAGAGUCACACCUCUGCACGUGGCCGCCCGGCGAGGCCUUGAGGAGCAUGUGGAGCUCCUCCUCAGCCACGGAGCAGAUGUUUUAGCCACAAAUCAAGAAGGGGAGACCCCUCUGAACGCUGCCUGCUCAGGCGCUGAGAAGCCCUCUGAGGCCGGCCGCUAUUUAUGUGUGGUUCAAAGGCUGCUGGGUGCGGGAGCUGAUCCCAGAACUGCUGGCAGGAAGCAGCACACCCCCCUGCACAAUGCCUGUGCAAACUGCAGCCCAAGGAUUGUAGACAUCCUCCUUCAGCAUGGAGCCAAGGCAGAUGUCGCCAACUGUGCAGGAUACACACCAAUGGACUGUCUGAUACAGGUGGUUGAAGAUUACCCGGACCAGCAACCGGAAGCAAUAGCACGGUCACUUCUGAAUCAUGGAGCUCAGCCUGUUUCCCCAAAGAUGCUGAAGCAGUGUGUCCUGUCUCCCGCCACUCUGGAGGUCAUGCUGAACUCAUACAUAUCCAUCCCUCCCUGUGAGUGGAUGGACUCUCUGUCCAAUGAGAUAUAUGAGGAGAACCAGUCGUUCUUCGACUUGGUGCGUCAGCAGAGCGGUCAGCCUCGCUCUCUGCAGCAUCUCUGUCGAUGUGCUUUACGCCUGCGCCUCGGAGCCCGAUGUUUCCCAGUGGUCAGUAAACUGGACAUUCCCAGCUCUGUGAGGGACUACCUGCUGCUGUGUACCAACGGGAUGCUCCAGUGACGUCAUAAUGUACGGACAUUUUUAACAGUAUGGUGCCUCUUUGGAAACUAGAUUAAUUUUAGAGUACAAUAACCUAUUUUUUUUAAACUAAC